CCUGUACGCUGUGUGUUUUGAAACAGCUGUUCCACCUGUCAACUGGAAUGCUCGUACUGCGCAUUUUUGCCAGAUGAUCACAGAUGACUGCACGUAAAGUGAGAAAGAGAAUUUGCGAAUGGUGCGUCUCGUCUCGUCCGACCAGGAGCUAACCUGACCUGGCGGAUCUCAUACGGCGUCGUUGUGUAUGCCAGCGUUAUUUUGACCCGAAGAGCGAGUCCACAGCUGAUAGCGCGCGUCGCGUACGUCGCAGUAGGUGAUAGUGCAUCGUAACGCUGCAACGAACAUGAAUUUGACACCUAGGAGAUCGUACAAAGAGAGACGCACAUUCGAACAGCGAUGGGUCAGUGCAGAAGAAAUUAGAUCUCUGCAUCCAAAUAAAAUUCCCAUCAUCGUGGAACGCUACAAAUUAGAAAACCAACUGCCACUUCUAGACAAAAGCAAAUAUCUGGUGCCAGAUUUUUUAACUGUGGCAGAAUUCUGUAAAAUAAUCAGACGUCGACUGCAGCUGAAUCCAACACAAGCAAUUUUCUUACUAGUAAAUCAGAAAAGUAUAGUCAGCGGCAGCAUGACCAUGGCUGAGCUGUAUCAAAAUGAAAAAGAUCCAGAUGGUUUUCUUUAUAUUGUUUUUGCCAGCCAGGAUGUAUUUGGUGGCCAUUAACCUCAGGCGAGACAACUUUAAAUCAAGUAA